AUGGCAGGCGGAGGCAGAGGACACGGCGGCGGCUGGACCUCCCUGCCGGCGGAGCUUAUCCAGGAAGUAUCGGACCGUCUGCAGGCCGACGUGGACCAAAUCCACAUCCACCAGGUAUGCUCCCACUGGCGCGCGUCCACCGCCCCGCUCGCAGCCUGCCGUCCGUGGAUCGUCGCCGUCCACGACCGCCGCCGCAACCCUGUUAGCGCCGUCGACCCUGCCUGCGACCACUCCUUCUGGCUGCCCCGCGGUGGAAAAAGGAUGCACUCCCGGGCCCUAGCCCCGGCGGGCCUCCCCUACUGCUGCGGCACGCCCCGUGGCUGGCUCGCCCUAACGGACGACCUGCAAUCCCCCACCAGGCUAAUACUCUGGGAGCCCCUCUCCCAGGCUGAGAUUCCUCUGCCGCCUUUGACAACCGUCGCCCAAUUGUUCCUCUCCGGCGACCCGCUCGCCUCGCCGGGGGGCUGGAUGGCGAUCGCGAGCCAGGAAAUCCUGGGCGCACAGAUCGAGCACAUGCUCAUCUUUUGGCGUCCUGGAGACGCGGCCUGGACGAUACAGCCCGAGUACCCUACAGGCCGGAUCGAGGGCGCAGCCUUCCACCAAGGCAGGCUCUACAUCUCCAGCAUGGUGGGCAUGAGAGUCAGCAUCUUCGAUCUCCAGCAGCAUCCUCCCGAGCGCCUGCGGCGUAUCUCCCUCUACACUCCUCUGCGAACGCGGUAUCCAAGCCGCUUACCCGGGGAUCUGGUGCCACACGUGGUGGCAUGCAACAACCAGCUAUUGCUCGUUAUUGUGUAUCGUGGAUCAGGAAGCCCCGGCCCCGUGAUCCUUGUAGAAGUGCACCACCUGGAUUGGGCUGCCCAGCGCCUCGACUUUGGGGGGGAGAAGGUGACGGAUCUCGGCGACUACUCGCUCUUCUUGGGCAGGGGUGACAGCCUCGCGCUCUCUGCAGAGGACUUCCCUGCCAUUAGGAGAAAUUGUGUCUACUUUGUGGAGCACGAUACAAUAAAGCAUGAGCAAUGGGUUAUUGUGUUUAAUUUGGGGUCAAACGCUCUCGAACGAAUUCCCCACCCACAAGAGCACAUGGAGGGCGGCUGCAAAAAGAGUGGCUGGUUAGGCUAUUCGUGGUUCUGUCCUAGAAGGCCCUUCGUUGAGGCCCUAUGA